AAAAAUUGUACUACAAGGGAAGCUAUAUAUGUUUUACAUUCAUGCAAAUGUUUUAUGUUAAAUUCCAAGUGCGUUGCGAUAUACAUCUACCAUGCAGCAAUUACCGAGUAGAGGGAUAAAAUAUAGUACAUCUUAUUAAAGCCUGGUGUAGUUGCUCCCAGGUUUUAUAUUAUUUCAUAAUCACUUGUUGAAAUUCCUUGUAGAUGAUUGGGAAGCUGGACUGUUUUGCUAUUGCACCCAAGAUUACCAUGGCUUAUAAGAUGAAGAAGAUGAGAAGUCAGCUGAGGAAGAUCAAAGAUGAUCAUGAGAGUUUCAAAUUCACACAUGAUAAUUCCAGCCUAAUUAGUGUGCACCAGUUUCCUGAUCGACGGGAAACAACAUCAGAUGUGAUUGAAUCACUCAUCAUAGGGAGAGACAAAGACAGGAUGAAUGUUCUUUCUUUGUUAGCCACAAGCAGCAACAAAGAAGAUACUACAAUUCUUCCUAUCUGUGGGCUUGGAGGCAUAGGAAAGACAACUUUGGCACAACUGGUCUUCAAUGAUGGUCAGUUCAAAGAUUAUAAUCAUCGGGUAUGGGUCUAUGUAUCCCAGGUGUUUGACUUGAAAAAAAUAGGGAACUCCAUAAUUUCUCAAGUAAUGGAAAAAGGAAGCGAGAAUCUUGAUACACUGCAAUUGAUAAGCCAACGCCUUAAACAUCUACUUCAAGAUAAGCAGACUCUAAUUGUUUUAGAUGACCUAUGGGAGACAGAUACCUCCCAACUGAAUCAACUCAAGCUUAUGUUGCGUGUAAGCUCCAAGAUGAGAGUCUUGGUCACAACACGCAACAUAGACAUUGCAAGAAAACUUUGUACUGUUGAACCAUACAAGCUAGAUCCCUUGGACAGCGACAUGUGCUGGAGAAUAAUCAAGCAAAAUAGUGGCUUUGAAUCUAGAGCUGAUAAAGAACGAGUUGAACCAGUUGGACAGAUGAUUGCAAGGAAAUGUGGAGGUUUGCCAUUAGCAGCUCAAGCACUUGGAUUCUUGCUAUCUGGAAUGGAUCUUAGUGACUGGGAAGCAAUGUGCAAUAGUGAUAUUUGGGAUGAACCAUUUUCUCAUAGUACAGUGUUACCAUCCUUGAAGUUAAGUUACAAUACUUUGACACCAUAUUUGAGGUUAUGCUUUGCCUAUUGUGGGAUCUUUCCGAAAGGUCACAAUAUAAGUAAAGAAGAUCUUAUCCAUCAAUGGAUUGCUCUAGGUUUCAUUGAGCCAUCUAAUAACUUUUCAGCCAUACAACUUGGCGAGAAGUAUGUUAGGCAAUUCCUGGGGAUGUCUUUCCUUCAGCAUUCAAAAUUGCCCAAGAAAUUUGGAAAAACAAUCUUCACCAUGCACGAUCUGGUGCAUGAUCUCGCAAGAUCAGUCGUUGCUGAAGAAUUGGUUGUCUUUGAUGCUAAAAAAGCGAGCGUUACUACAAGAAAAGAAUACUGCCACUAUGCAUCUCUUACAAAUUACAAUAUUUGUCAGGCAAGGGAGAUAGCAACUAUUUUCCCACCUAAGUUAAGGGCGAUGCAUUUUUCGGAUUGUGAAUUCCAUGGUGGUGCAUUUUCAUUGCCGAAGUGCUUGCGUGUCUUGGAUCUAUCUAGAUGCUCCAUCACAGAGUUUCCAAGCACACUAGGACAACUGAAACAACUGGAGAUUCUUAUUGCUCCGGAGCUGCAAGAUUGGCAAUUUUCCGAGAGUAUCACUCGGCUCUCAAAAUUAUGUUACCUGAACCUCAAUGGAUCACGGAAAAUUUCAGCAAUACCAAGCUCGGUUGGCAAACUUGGGAGUCUAGCACACCUUGACUUAUCUUAUUGUACUAAUGUCAAAGUCAUACCAGAGAGCCUUGGAAGCCUCAAAAACCUCCAAACACUAGACCUCACAUGGUGUGAGAAACUAGAGUCUCUCCCAGAGAGCCUUGGAAGCCUCGAAAACCUUCAAACACUCGACCUCUCAUGGUGCAAGAAACUAGAGUCCCUUUCGGAGAGCCUUGGAAGCCUCAAAAACCUUCAAACACUGUACUUCAAAGGGUGUGGAAAACUAGAGUCCCUUCCAGAGAGCCUUGGAAGCCUAAAAAACCUUCAAACACUCGACCUCUCAGAGUGCUAUAAACUAGAGUCCCUUCCGCAGAGCCUUGGAAGCCUCAAAAACCUUCAAACACUCGACCUCACAUGGUCCGAUGAACUAAAGUCCCUCCCGGAGAGCCUCGGAAGCCUAAAUAACCUUCAAACACUCAACCUCUCAUUUUGCAGGGAACUAAUGUCCCUUCCAGAGAGCCUUGGAAGCCUCAAAACCAUUCAAAGUCUGGACCUCACAUGGUGCCUUAAACUAGAGUCCCUUCCGGAGAGCCUUGGAAGCCUCAAAAAUCUUCAAACUCUCGACCUCUCGUGGUGCGAGAAACUAGAGUCCCUUCCGGAGAGCCUUGGAAACCUGGCUGGAAACCUGGAAAUCGUUAGAAGAGGUUAA